AUGGCGGCUGCUACCGACUCCGUCUCCUUUUCAGUCGAGGGAAAGACGGCUAUCAUUACUGGUGCAGGGUCGGGCAUCAACUUCUGCUUCGCUAGACUGCUUCUCUCCCGCAAUUGCAACGUAGUUAUUGGAGAUCUUGGGCUUCGACCGGAGGCACAGGAGCUUGUCAAUCAACACUCAUCCAUCGACAAAUUCAAGGCACGUGCUGUGUUCGUGAAGUGUAAUGUUGUGCAAUGGCCAGAUCUGGACAAACUUUUUGAGGUUGCGGAUAAGGAGUUUGGCGGAGCGGACAUUGUAUGCCCUGGCGCGGGCAUCUUCGAACCACACUGGACGAACUUUUGGCAUCCACCAGGCACUUCCAAGUCACAAGAUUCUGCGCAGCCAGCUGGAGGACUAGGCCACUACGCCCUGUUCGACAUCAAUGUAACGCAUCCAAUCCGCUGUACACAACUUGCUAUAUCUCGAUGGCUAAAUCCAAUCAAAGACAGCAGGGUCGGCAAAGCCAGCGCAACCAAUCCUAAACGGGUCGUGCACAUCUCAUCCGUAGCCGGUCAAACGCCUGGAUUCGCCACGCCGCUGUACAUGGCCAGCAAGCAUGCUCUCAGCGGCUUCAUUCGUUCGCUAGCACAAUUGGACUUCCUAGGCAUCCGUGUAAAUGGCGUAGCACCUGGUGUCAUUAAAACGCCGCUCUGGACCGACCACCCGGAAAAGCUCAAGAUGGUGGACGAGUCACAGGAUGCAUGGGUCGAGCCGGAAGAAGUUGCCGAGGCGAUGCUAAGGUGCUGCGAAGAUCAGACUGUCACUGGUGGGUAUGUUAUGGAGGUGGUUAAGGGUAAGACACGGUAUGUGGAUUGGAAGAUGGAUCCGGGCCCGAGCGGGCUCGGAGCGAAUACUGCAAAUCGUGCGGUCAUGUAUGCAGAGGUCUUUCAGUGGCUGUCAGAGCCUGGGUGGGGUGUUCCGAGGGAGUAA